AUGUCGGGCCCGGGAGGCACCCCUUACGAGGGCGGGCAGUACAAGCUGGAGCUGUUCCUGCCCGAGGGCUACCCGAUGGAGCCCCCGAAGGUCCGCUUCCUCACCAAGAUCUAUCACCCGAACAUUGACAAGCUCGGGCGCAUCUGCCUGGACGUCCUGAAGGACAAGUGGAGCCCAGCGCUCCAGAUCCGGACCAUCCUCCUGAGCAUCCAGGCGCUGCUCUCCGCGCCGGAGCCGAGCGACCCGCUCGAUACGAGCGUCGCGGACCACUUCAUCCAGAACCGCGCCGAGGCGGACGAGCAGGCGAAGCAGUGGAACGCCCAGUACGCCAUGGUCAAGUGA